AUGGGCUCAGUCACACCCACCACCACCAAGCGGGCGCCGGCCUUCUUCGUGUCACACGGGGCUGGCCCGUUCGCGAUCCUCGGGACACCUCACCAGCAACCGCUGGUCGACCUCUGCAAGGAGACGCGCUGGGUGCUGGACGGAGCCAAGGGCAUCAUCAUCGUGACGGCGCACUGGGAGACGGACCAGCCGCACAUCUCGUCGGGCGCGGCGCCGGAGCUGUACUACGACUACUUCGACAACCUAGCCAACGAGCUGCCCAAGGAGGCGUGGGAGAUCAAGUACCCCGGGGCCAAAGGUGACCCGGAGCUGGCGCGACGCAUCAAGGAGAAGCUGGACAAGGACGGCUUCCAGGCGGUGCUGGACGACCAGCGCGGCUGGGACCACGGCGUCUGGGUGCCCAUGAUCCUGCUGCGUCCGCAGGCCGACCUGCCCAUCGUGCAGGUGUCGAUCCCCGCCGGCGCCGACGCCGCCACCGAAAACUCGCUCAAGCUGGGCCGCUCGCUCGAGGCCUUCCGCGACGACGGCUAUGUCAUCCUCGGCAGUGGCUCCAGCUACCACAACUUCGGCGCCGUCAUCGACUCCAUUAUGGGCAAGCCCGGCGCGCCCCCGGUGCCCAGCAACCGCCCGUUCGAGGACGCCAUGGAAGAGGUCGCCACCAUCCCGGACGCCGACGAGAAGGUCCGGAGAGCCCUCAAGUGGCGCGAGGAGUUCCCCAACAGCGAGGCCGUCCAGCCCGUCGGCAGCUCCGAACAUUUCAUGCCCUUCCUCGUCAACAUUGGCAGUGCUGGCAACGACGUCGGGAAGAAGUUGGGCGAGUGGGAGCUGUUUGGCACUAUCAUGACUUCUUAUAUCUGGUAA